AUGGAAGACUGCGGUCAAAACAUGCGACGGGCUGUUCGAAUGGUUGGUAAUGCCGUUCGGCCUAUCCAACGUGCCAUCUACUUUCAUGAGCUUCAUGAUACAGGUGCUUCGUCCCUUCUUGGGCAGGAAUGUCUUUUUGCAGCUCCAGAAAAAUGCUCUUUUAUGAUGGCCAAAAUCCUUUUCUUAGGAUUCUAUAUUUCAAGAGAGGGGAUAGCAGUUGACGAUUCUAAAAUUGAAGUGAUCAAGAACUGGCCGACCACCGGAAACAUUCACGAAGUGCGCAACUUUCACGGGCUAGCGUCCUUUUAUAGGCGAUUUAUCUCACAUUUUAGCACUAUUAUCGCUCCUCUCACCGCUUGUAUGAAGAACGGAAUCUUCGAUUGGACGAGUGAUGCUCAAUCAAGCUUCGACCAGCUCAAGAGAAAGCUUAGCACCGCCCCAGUCCUUGCCUUGCCAGACUUCACCGUACUCUUCGAGGUUCACUGUGAUGCCUCGUGCUCGGGCAUUGGUGCUAUCCUCAGUCAAGCAGGCCGACCAGUGGCAUACUUUAGUGAAAAAAUCAGUGGUGCUCGGACUCGUUACAACACCUAUGACCUGGAGUUCUACGCUCUGUUUCGCACUUUGGAACAUUGGAGGCAAUAUCUUAUACAUUGA